AUGUCUGGUUGGAACCCAAUCAACGGGCGUGACGCUACAGGCUCACGACCAAACUUCUCACCCGUUGGUGCACCAGUCCCAUCGCAGGGUCAGCCUUAUGUUCCUCAUCUUGGUGGUCCUGGCUAUAACUUUGGUCUAGCUUCCCCCGCAUACGGCUAUAUGUAUCCCGGUGCAGCAGCAUAUGGCCAGCCCGUUUACGGUUUCCCUCCUCAGGGACCAGUUGCUGGGUUUCAGACCCAGCAGACGUAUGCGCACCAGCCCAACGGAACUGGUAACAUCCUUCCUCGUCAGGCGCAGCCCCUUCCUCAGAUCGAUCCCAAGAUGCCUGCUGCGCAGAUGACUAACUCUUCUGGUGGUGUUGGUUGCGAGCCUGGGUACAACUACUUCUUCCCGGCGAACCAUACCAAGGUUCACGUUUUCAAAAGUGACAUUCCGCCUUGGCAGUUGCAGGCGAACGCCCAAAUCCCUUUUAUCGCCUCGCAUAAGAACAUCUGUUUCGAGCUGUACAGUGGAGGAAAUGGGAAGUGGUACAAGGGGUACUCUUUCACUGGUGAUGAUAAGGAUGAGAUCUGCAAGUCCAUGGAUGACGUUGGCUGGGAUUCGUCCAGGACUGGAAACAAGGGAGAGAAGCCUGUUGUCUGCCUUUGGUUCUGCAAGAGCUGA